AUGAGACAGGUGUUUAUCAUACUGAUUUUAGCAUCUAUAUGUUUUGCCCAAUCCCAACUGAGAGGACGCCAAUAAAUUGGUAUUGCUGCAAUUGAUAUGAGUAGAGAAAUAGGAUCUUAGCCUAGAUGAAUAUUCAUUCAUGCAAUUUCACUACCACACACCUCCAAUGGACGUAAUGAUGAUGAAUCACGAACUCGAAAUCCAGAGAAUGAUGGGAGUCCCCGGAGUUGUGAUGAUGAAUUAUGUUAUAGAGGAAUCUCCAUACAAUCCCAUAUCAUGGUGA